GGCGCUGCGGUGCCGGCGCAGCGGCAUGGCGGCGGCGGCAGCGGGCCCGGGGCGCGGCGGCGGCGGCGGCUGGGGCCGGAGCCGGGGCGCCGUGCUGCUGCUCUUCUUCUCGCUGUCGCCGCGGCCGCCGGCCGGGGCCGCCUGGCUGCUGGGGCUGCGGCCCGAGGACACGGCGCCGGGCCGGGUGUCCCUGGAGGGCGGCGCGGUGCAGGCGGCGGAGGGGAGCCGCUUCCUCCUGCGCCUCUACUUCCAGCCGCCGCCCGAGGGCAACGGCAGCCGCGGGCCGGCGGGGGAGCGGGAGCCGCGGCUGGUCUUCAUCGAGGAGGCGGCUCCGGCGGCGGCGGCGGGGGGGGGGCAAGGCGGCGCGGGGCCCGGGGAGCGGUGCCGGGAGCGCAGCGCCUGGGCCUCGGACGUGGAGGUGGUGGGGCCGCUGCGCUCGGGCGGGGCGGCGGGCUCGGCGCUGGCCGAGGUGCGGGUGCGGGAGCCGCGCAAGGGCGAGGCGGCGGCGGCGCCGGGCGGGCGGCUCUUCUCGCUCUGCGCCUGGGACGGGCGGGCCUGGGCGCACCACGGGGCGGCCGGCGGCUUCCUGCUGCGGGUCCGGCCGGCCGCCCCGGCGCUGGGCGCCUGGCUGCUGCCGCUGCCCGAGGCGGGCUGGCUGCGGGCGCUGGGCGCCCUGCUGCUGCUGGCGCUGUCGGCGCUGUUCAGCGGGCUGCGCCUCUCGCUGCUCUCGCUGGACCCGCUGGAGCUCCGCGUCCUGCGCAACAGCGGCUCGGCCGCCGAGCGGGAGCAGGCGCGGCGGGUGCAGGCGGUGCGCGGCGGCGGCGGCACCUACCUGCUCUGCACGCUGCUGCUGGGGCAGGCGGGGGCCAACGCGGCGCUGGCCGGCUGGCUCUGCGCCUCGCUGCCCGGCGGCGGGGCGGCGGCGGCGGCGGGUGGGCCGCGGGGAGCGCCCUGGCUGCCGGUGCUGCUGUGCGCCGCCGCCGUCUUCCUGGGCGGCGAGGUGCUGCCCUACUCGGUCUGCUCGCGGCACGGGCUGGCCAUCGCCUCCCGCACCCUGUGCCUCACCCGGCUGCUGAUGCUGGCCGCCUUCCCCCUCUGCUACCCGCUCAGCCGGCUGCUGGACUGGGCGCUGCGGCAGGAGCUCAGCGUCUUCUCCACGCGGGAGCGGCUGCUGGAGACGCUGCGUGCCGCCGGCCCUCACGGCGACCUGGUGCGGGAGGAGUUGGCCAUGGUGCAGGGCGCGCUGGAGCUGCGCACCAAGGUGGUGGAGGACGUGCUGACGCCGCUGGCCGACUGCUUCAUGCUCCGUGCCGAUGCCGUGCUGGACUUCGCCACCGUCUCCGAGAUCCUCCGCUCUGGCUACACCCGCAUCCCCAUCUACGAGGGCGACCGGCGUGACAACAUUGUCGACCUGCUCUUCGUCAAGGACCUGGCCUUCGUCGACCCCGAUGACUGCACCCCCCUGCAGACUGUCACCCGCUUCUACCGCCGCCCGCUCCACUGCGUCUUCAACGACACGCGCCUUGACACGCUGCUUGAGGAGUUCAAGAAGGGAAAGUCCCACCUGGCCAUCGUGCAGCGGGUGAACAAUGAAGGGGAAGGAGACCCGUUCUACGAGGUGAUGGGCAUUGUCACCCUGGAGGAUGUCAUUGAGGAGAUCAUCAAGUCCGAGAUCCUGGAUGAGACGGAUCUGUACACGGACAAUCGGAAGAAGGAGCGGGUGCCCCACCGGGGACGCAAGCCCCAGGACUUCUCCAUCUUCAGGCUCUCAGACAGCGAGAUGAAGGUGAAGAUCUCCCCACAGCUCCUCCUGGCUACGCAUCGGUUCAUGGCAACAGAAGUGGAGCCUUUCAAGUCCCCCUACCUCUCCGAGAAGAUCCUCCUGCGGCUCCUGAAACACCCCAACGUCAUCCAGGAGCUCAAGUACGACCGAAAGAACAAGAAGGCAGCGGAGCAUUACCUCUACCAGCGCAACCGCCCCGUUGACUACUUCAUCCUCAUCCUGCAGGGGAAAGUGGAGGUGGAGGUUGGCAAGGAAGGGCUGCGGUUUGAGAAUGGGGCAUUCACCUACUACGGUGUCCCUGCCAUCAUGGCUGUCAUCUCCUCAGAUAACGACGUGCGGAAAGUGGGCAGCCUGGCUGGAUCCUCUUUCCUGUUGCCUGUCUCAGUGUCCCGUACCUUUGCCUUCAGCAGAGGGGACUCCCUGGCUGGCUCUCCAGUGAACAGGUCACCGUCGCGGUGCAGCGGGCUCAACCGCUCCGAGUCCCCCAAUCGGGAGCACAAUGACUACGGGGGCAGCACCACACAGCUCCAUAGCAGCAGCAACAACAUCUACACACCUGACUACUCUGUCCACAUCCUCUGCGACGUGCAGUUUGUCAAGGUCACCCGGCAGCAGUACCACAACGCGUUGGUGGCCAGCCGCAUGGACAGCUCACCGCAGUCCCCUGACAUGGAGGUCUUCGACAGGGAUUCAACCAAGGCCUCGACCACACGGGGAACCCCACAGACACCCAAGGAGGACCCCACCACUCUCCUGAAUGAGAGGAACAGCGUCAUGUGCUGCCGCUCCGAGGGGCUGCGCAGUCCCAGCGAGUCGGUGUUCCUGCGCAUGGAGGGCAUCCCCUUCAUCCAGGAGGAGCUGGCUGACAAUGAGGAGAACAGCAAGCGGCAGAACAGUGAGUGCUGUGGCACUGUCCCGGAGGCAGAGUCCCUGGGGAAAGAGGCUGGCACCAGCUCAUCGCCAAGUAGCUCCGAGGAGACGCUGGGCAGGAGGCUGCUGAGAUCCCUCAGUCUGCAGCAUGGGGGUCUCCCGCCGCAAGGCUCACGUUCAACAGCAGCAGGUCUGCACUUGCUCGCUGCCUGCCUGCCCACCCGCCUGCCCGCCCGUGCCGCCCCUCCCUGCAGGACUUGCGCAGAGCCUCAUCCCCAGGCGAGAAAGGAUGUGCCCCCGGUGGGGCUGAACCACCCAGGCGGCCUGGACUAGCUAGCUGGAGUCCAAGGGCCCUUGCCCAGCUGCUCCCUGGUAGCAACUGGUCUCAAGGAAGAGGUGGAAAAAGGAAAGGUGGAGAAGUGUCUGGCACGGCGUCCCUGCGGACAGAGCAGGGAGGGGCGGCCCAACCCAGAACUGCCCUUAGCAUCAUUUACCAUCUCCAUCCCAGCGAGGCCUGGAGCCCCUUGGUGCUGGGUGCCGCACAGAUGGGGUCUCCACCAUGAGGAGAACGUGCUGUUUGGGCGGUGCCACAUACAGCUCAGGGCCCCAGCACGUGUUUGUGCCGUGCAUAGUGACGUGCACACUCGCAGCACCUUGCGCACGCUGACCAUCGACACAGCCCAGCACUCCCGAACCCCUGCUAGGCACAGGGCAGGGAGUCCAGCUCACCGCCAAGCGCAGCCCCCCCUCCCUGGGGAGGGCCGCUCCACACUGCAUCGAACCAUCCUCCUCUCCGCACGUGGCUGCCUGUGCGAGAGAGGCUUGCGCUGAGCCUUUGGGUUGGUACAGACCAGUCAGUAGUUUUUGUAGAGGCUGAACGCAACGGGGAUAUUAACAUUAAAAGUGAUUUCUCCCUGA